CUAGAGUGUGGUUCGAUUGACAAUGAAAGAGUGUAAGGGUGUUAGUGCUUGUUAAAGUGACUAAAGGAUACGUGUAGUGUCCUUAUUUCGAUCGAUACCAAACGCCCACAUAGUUGUUGAAAUACACACUGAAGUUAAGUAAUCAAGUCAAGAUUAUUUUAUCAGUACAUUUCACACUAGGUGCCAAGCGCAGUUACACUUCACUUUUCUCCGGAUAUUCUUCAUUUGCAUAAUCAAUUUAUAACAUCUCAAAAUGAGUGACGAUGAAAGCCAGCAAAGUUCAUCUGAAGAGUCUGAGGAAGAGUCUGAAGAGGAGACUGAGAAAGAAAGGAGAGAGAAGGAAGAACGUAAACGUAGAGAAGAAGAGGAAAAGAAACGUAAAGAGGCUGAAGAAGCCUCAAAAAAACAACGUAAACCUGGACAAAAACGCAAAGGUUUAGGUGGCCUAUCCAAGGAGAAGAAACGAUUAUUGAAACAAUUGAUUAUGCAGAAGGCUGCUGAUGAGAUGAAAGCAGAGAUGAAACGGAGACAAGAGGAACGUGAAAACUUUUUACGUGGGAAAGUAGAACCUUUGAAACUUGAUGGUCUUGGUGAAAAUGACUUAACCGCUAAAGUCAAACAAUUGUACGAACGUGUUCGACAACUUGAAGGUGAUAAAUAUGACUGGGAAGAAAAGCUGAGAAGACAAGAUUUUGAGAUCAAUGAAUUAACUAUCAAGGUCAAUGAUGUGAAAGGCAAAUUUGUGAAACCAGUUUUAAAGAAAGUAUCUAAAACUGAAAGUCAUAUGGCACGAUUUGAGAAGAAGGAAGGUGGACAUUCUCUUUCUUCCUUCCGUAAUCAACUCAAGUCAACGGGUCAUAGUAAGUAUGCUCUAGAAGAAAAGGAUGAACCUGUGAGUACACCCAAAUAAAAGUUGUAUUUAUCCCUUGUCUCAAAUACCAUCAAUCAAAUAAUAUCCAAUCAGUUUAUCUUCUUAUCAACAGACUUUUACGCCUAUUUUUAUCUCAGAAAAAAUGAUAAAAAUUCUUAAAAACAGCAAUAUGUGUUUGGUAGACAGAAUGACUGCAAGUGAGUGAGUGAGUGAGUGAGUUAUUGAGUGAAGAAUGAGUAACAGAAGAAAGGAAUCAAUCGGUGAGUUUAAAGUGAAGGAGAUUGAUUUAUACUUUGUUAUUCAGUGUUAUCAAAUGCUUAUCAUCUAUGCUUACACUCAUAUAGACUUCAUCUUAGUGUUGCUAUUUAUCAAUAUAUUUUCUUGACUGAUUCUUUUCGUUUUGGUUAUUUCGUUUUUCUGUUCAAUCUUUGUUUAUAUUCAAUUAAUAUUUGUAUGUAUGUGUAGAAAGAAGGUUGGCGUGAUCAGCUUAAGCCUAAAGAAUAAACAAAACAACA